AUGGGCCGACAGAGGGGGCAACAAGUCAGAGUCCCGUCCAUUCAAGAAUCGGAUAUCGACAAUGAAUCAGUGACGUCGGUCCAACCUCCUCAUCGCUGUUCCAACCGACCUGGUGCUGGUGCUGGAGGAAGGAAUUCUCAGCUAGAGAAGAUAGGAAAUGCUAUUCAGGCUCCAGCCAGAGCAGCUGGAAAAUUGAAGGUUCAGAACAUCGUCCUGUUUGACGAACCUGAAAAUGCGAUGGCCCCAGUGGCAAAAAAGAAGAGGAAAGGAAAAGUUUCUCAGGAUAGAAACUUAAGUGCAAUACAAGAGGCAUCUGAGUCAGGCCCUAGUGCUGCAGGUCCUGCAUCUGCUCUACACAUCACAGAUAAAGGAAGGUUUGGUUUACAGGGUCAUCCAGUUCUCUCAACAUAUGUUGGUUCCAAGCCACUCCAGUCUUACCAAACGUAUCCUCAGCCUGACUUAACGAUAUCUCCUGCCCGGCCCUAUACCUCUCAAGGUGCUUCUCACAGCAUCUCUUGUGGUAUUUCUUGUGGUGGUUCUUGGCAUGGUGGUUCUCGCGGUGGUUCUUGCAGUGUCUCUCGCGGCGCCUUGCAUGGCGCUCCUCAUGACCAUCAGGCUGCUGGAACCAGGACUCCAGCUGUCCAGCAUCCUAUUAGUGCUUGUAUUGUUCCUCGUAGUGUCUCUCAAUCUGUUACCAAACAAUGCUCGGGCUCAACUGUUCCUGUUCUCAACACUGCUGUCCAGUGGGAGCCAUCAGUGACCAUGACCCCCUGCCAUACCUUUGCUCACACUGGAACUGAAGAAGGUCGUGAAGAGGCAGACAUUGAAGAGGACAUUGAAGAGGACAUUGAAGAGGAUGCCGUGUCUAACGAGGGUGGUGAUUUUGCGGAAGAUGAUGAUGUCGAUAACGAGCUUGAGGGUGGAGAUUUCACACAAGACGAUGAUGCCAAUGACCUUAUGGAGCAUGAGGAGGAUUUCUACGAGAGUGACACUGUCAUGCACCCCCCACGACAUGGUGACCAAACCUAUCCUGGCAGCAAGCAAGUUAGACGCCCUAUGCAAGCACCUGAUCUCAGUCUGUAUUCGCAGGAUGAGGAUUCUGAUGGUGCAGGAGUGGCUGGCAUGGACCGUGAUUAUCAGAACAACCGCACCACUAGAAGGAUGGCGCCAAAGCAAUCAAGUCUUCAGAGUGCUAACAAACAAGUUCUGAGUCGUUUGAACACUCCCGUAGUCCCGAAUAUCGAUUAUGAUAUCCUCCAGGCCCACCACAUGAAAAACCGUCCACCACAUUCUCCGUCCCCUACGUAUUUGAGCAGCAUAUGGAGCCACCAUCCAAAGGCUAAGCACGUUCACACAAGAACCUCGCUGUCAAGUAACGACUCCAAUCAGCAGGACAACUUGGAGGAUCUCAAUGAGGUCGAUAUCAACAAUGGGAGGCGUCACCGCACCAAGAAAGCGAAGGGUGCUGCUAACAAUCGUGAUGCAACUAAUGUUGGGUUCUACUCCUCACUCUGGCAAAAACUUCUUGACCGUGCGAAGGCUAAUUUCAGGCUUUAUAUUGUUACUUCAGUCCCAUUCCCUGACAAAGAGAAAUCCAUUGGUGGUACCGGAGUCUGUGGUGAAGUGAUCGCGGAAGCAAUCAUACAGUGGCAAGAACAGAAACACAAACUCGAGAAAGGUUACUACCCCGAGUUCAAAACGGGGAUGGCUACUGUGGUCUUUAAUGAUGCCGCGACAUUCCGCAGCAAGAUCAAACAAAUUGUACUUACUGUUGUUCCAAUGGCAUAUGAACUUGCCCUCGGUGUCAACAGGAACAUGAUUGAAAGUGUCAAACUCAAGGCAACUGGUUUGUUGAAAAAAGCAAUGUAUUUGCAUGGCCAUCCUGAUUCUGAGGGUCGUGCAUCUAACUUUGCAAACGACACAGUCCGCAUCGUUUGCCAUAAGUCAUUUUAUGACAAUGGAUCCAAAUCGCUAAAGCAAUUUGCCGAGUUUCAGAAGACCAUCCUGCCCACAGUGCUCUUCCUCGUUGGGACUAUUAUUUGCAAUAUUAUAUAUAUCUACAGUAAGUAUGGCCAGGUAAAUGGCGCCAAGCAAACACCUAUCGAGGAUUCGGAGACUUCAUACAAUUGUAUUUCAACGCUGUUCGACCGCACGAACAAAGAUGCAUAUCACGGACCAAAACUACGUCAAAUGCUUAAAUCUUGGGCAUUGGAAGGCAUAUAA